AUGAGUGAUUUAAAGAGUAGAUUAAAAGAAACAUCAAAUUGGAUGAGUUCUAUGUUUAAUAUUAUUAAAGAUCCUACAUCAGAGUCAGCAUCAUUUUCAAAUAGAGUUAAUUCAGUAGCACCACCACCAAGAAGAUCUUCAUCAUCUUCAAGUAUAUCAUUUUCAGAGUUAACAAAUUCAAAUGAAAAUAAAACCACCACCACUACUACUACUACCACCACAUCUACCACUGCAACAACUUCACAACCACCACAAAAGUCACCAGUUGAACAAAAUAAAGAAGAAUUAAAGAAAUUACUUCAACAACAAUUGGCUGAAAUGAAAUUAAAGAGACAGGGUAAAAAUAGUAAUAUUAAUGAUAGUAACAAUAGUAAUAAUAAUAAUAAUAAUACAGAUAAAAAUAAAAAUGAUAAUAAAAAAGAAAUUAUAAAAAAUAAAAAAAUAAAAGAAGAGGAGGAAUCUGAAGGAGAAGAAGUAGAAGAAGAAGAAGAAGAAGAAUCAGAUAUUUCAGAUAGUGAGGAUAAUAAUAGUAGUAAUAAUAAUGGUAGUUUAAAUGGUGAUUAUGAUGAUUAUGGUGACGAAAUUUCAGAAUCAGGAUCAGAGAUGGAUUUAAUUAAUAAUAAAAAUUUAAAUAAAGAGAAAAGAAAAAAACAAGAAGAGGAUUUACAAUUUAGUACAUUCGAUUUUAGUAGUGGUAAAGCUAUGCCAACUUAUUUAAUGAAUAAAGGUCGUAAAACUAGUAAAAAAGAACUAUUGGAGAAAGCUGAAGAGAAGGAAAGAAUUUUAGCAAAUUCAAAGAGAAACGGUACCAAUAAAGAAUUGGCCGAUACAAUUCGUUGGUCAACCGCUUUCGAUAAAGUUCAAGGUAUUAAAGUAAAAGAUGAUCCUGCACUCUUAAGAAAAUCAAUUAAAAAAGUUGAAAAAACAAAAUUAAAAAGUGCUCGUGAAUGGGUACAAAGAAAGAAAGAAAAAGAUGAAAAAUUAAAAGUUCGUAUUGCUAAACGUGAAGCAAAUAUUAAAGCUAAAAUUGAAGAGAAAAAAGAAAGAAGAAUGGGUAUUAAAAAGAAGAAAACUAAUAAUAAUAAUAAUAAGAGUGGUGGUGGUGGUGGUAAUUCUCAUGCUAGCAGACAAAGAGCUGGUUUUGAAGGAAAGAAAAAGUUUCAUUUUAAUCCCAAAAAAUUAAUUAAUUAA